ACAGUAGCUUUUAUUUUGAAAUAAUUUAUUACCGUAAUGCCUGGGUAUAUACACGUAGUGCGAGGGUUAUCUUGACAGAAGUGGAGUUUGGCUUAACCGUAAUCAACAUGGCGGCCACCAAUACGAAGUCGGUUUUGUUCGUUUGUCUGGGGAAUAUUUGCAGAUCCCCCAUUGCAGAAGCAGUCUUCAGGAAGAUGGCAACAGAUGCUGGCGUUGUUGAUAAGUGGAGGAUAGACAGUGCUGCCACCUCCACCUAUGAGAUAGGAAAUCCUCCAGACCACCGCGGUCAAGCCUGCAUGAAGAGGCAUGGCGUGCCCAUGAGGCAUGUGGCCAGGCAGUGGAUCAUAGACAGUGGUGCCACAUCCGACUGGAAUAUAGACAGCUUACCGGACUCUCGCGGUCUCGCCUGCCUAAGGAAGCAUGGCAUUGAGACGAGCCACAGGGCCCGACAGGUGACCAAGGAAGAUUUCAUGAGCUUUGAGUACGUCCUCUGCAUGGAUGAGAGCAAUUUGAGCGAGCUGAACAGGAAAGCAAAGUUGGUGAAAAACUACAAAGCAAAGAUUGAACUUCUUGGUUCAUAUGACCCUCAGAAGCAGCACAUCAUUAAAGACCCAUAUUAUGGGAGUGACGAAGACUUUGAGAAGGUGUACGAACAGUGUGUACGCUGCUGCAAAGCGUUUUUGGAGGUGAACUCCUAACAACAUCCGACCUUACAUGCUCUUUUCUGAUUUUACCAGACGAAUACGAAAAAUCAACCAAACAUGCUUUGGUUGAACCUCUAAACCUUUUACAGGCAUCGUGGAGAGAAUCAGAACACUUUAUCUCAGUGUUGUAAAUGUUAUACAAACCACACGUUGUGUACAUUUUUGAAAGAUGCUGUGUGGACAAGUUUGUUGAUUGUAAAAUCAGGUGAUUUAAUAAAAUGCAGAAAUGAGUAUGA